AUGGGCAAUCUCAUCAUCUACCCCGGCAUCAUCUACCCCGGCAUCAUCUACCCCUGCCUCAUCUACCCUUGCAUCAUCUACCCCGGCAUCAUCUACCCCUGCAUCAUCUACCCCUGCAUCAUCUACCCCUGCAUCAUCUACAUCAUCUUCAUCUACCCCGGCAUCAUCUACCCCUGCAUCAUCUACACCAGCAUCAUCUACCUCUGCAUCAUCUGCCCCUGUCUCAUCUAUCCCAGCAUCAUCUACCUCUGCAUCAUCUACCUCUGUCUCAUCUACCCCAGCAUCAUCUACCCCGGCAUCAUCUACCCCUGCAUCAUCUACCUCUGCAUCAUCUGCCCCUGUCUCAUCUACCCCGGCAUCAUCUACCUCGUUCUCAUCUGCAUCAUCUACCUCUGCAUCAUCUGCCCCUGUCUCAUCUACCCCAGCAUCAUCUACCUCUGCAUCAUCUACCCCAGCAUCAUCUACCUCUGCAUCAUCUGCCCCUGCCUCAUCUACCCUUGCAUCAUCCUCUACCCCUGCAUCAUCUACCCCUGCAUCAUCUACCUCUGCAUCAUCUGCCCCUGCCUCAUCUACACCAGCAUCAUCUGCCCCUGCAUCCCCUGCAACAUCUUCUGCGGAAACAUCUACCCCGGCAUCAUCUACCCCUGCAUCAUCUACCCCUGCAUCAUCUACCUCUGCAUCAUCUACAUCAUCUUCAUCUACCCCGGCAUCAUCUACCCCUGCAUCAUCUACAUCAUCUUCAUCUACCCCGGCAUCAUCUGCCCCUGCAUCAUCUACCCCUGCAUCAUCUACCCCGGCAUCAUCUACCCCUGCAUCAUCUACCCCUGCAUCAUCUACCCCUGCAUCAUCUACCCUUGCAUCCAUCAUCUACCUCUGCAUCAUCUACCCCUGCAUCAUCUACCUCUGUCUCAUCUACCCCACAUCAUCUACCUCUGCAUCAUCUACCCCAGCAUCAUCUACCUCUGCAUCAUCUGCCCCUGCCUCAUCUACACCAGCAUCAUCUACCCCGGCAUCAUCUACCCCUGCAUCAUCUACCCCUGCAUCAUCUACCCCUGCAUCAUCUACCUCUGCAUCAUCUGCCCCUGCCUCAUCUACCCUUGCAUCAUCCUCUACCCCUGCAUCAUCUACCCCUGCAUCAUCUACCCCUGCAUCAUCUGCCCCUGCAUCCCCUGCAACAUCUUCUGCGGAAACAUCUACCCCUGCAUCAUCUACCUCUGCAUCAUCUACCCCUGCAUCAUCUACACAAGCAUCAUCUACCCCUGCAUCAUCUACCCCGGCAUCAUCUACACCAUCUUCAUCUACCCCAGCAUCAUCUACCCCUGCAUCAUCUACACCAUCUUCAUCUACCCCAGCCCCUGCAACAUCUUCUGCAGAAACAUCAACCCCUGCAUCAUCUACCACAACUACAGUUGCCCCAACAACAACAACCACAGUUACCCCAACAACAACUACAACAGUUGCCCCCACGACAACUACUACACCUGCCCCAACAACAACUACAGUUGCCCCAACGACAACUACUACAGCUGCCCCUACAACAACUACAGUUGCCCCAACAACAACUACAACAGUUGCCCCCACGACAACUACUACACCUGCCCCAACAACAACUACAGUUGCCCCAACGACAACUACUACAGUUGCCCCAACAACAACUACAGUUGCCCCAACUACAACAACCACACCACCAACAGAGAUCUACCGUUCUCUGAUGAAUUGUUAAACACUAACAGUGAAUUAUAUAAAAGUGAAAAGCAGAAAAACGAAAAAGCUUGUUUAAUUCAAAUAGUUCAAUUCAAAAAUCCGAAUUGUGUUGUAACUUCAUUUAGCCGAUCCUCACUUGAGACAAGAGCCAGUGCCACUGAUGUCAACUUCAACAUUAGUUUUGCACCAACAAAUCUUCCAACAAAUGCUGCUGUUGUCACAGCUCUCCAGGAAGGAGCUAGCGCUUUUAGCAACGUUGCAGUCACAUCAAGCCCUGUCACAGAUGCUACAACUUCAACUGCAUCAACUACUACCUCAACAACCACAAUACCCACUGCAUCAAGUGGAGCACCCCUUAAGAUCAGCUUUGUCAAUACAUUGUUCUUAUUCAUUAUUACUUAUCUGCUGUCACAUCUAGAGAAUCCGGCUGUAGGCAGCCACCAUCUGUGGAAGUGGGACAAGUGA